AUGUUACGUGCGAAGCAUCUCGGCACACUUUCGCAGUCCGCUCGUAACUUCUUCCUUAGCGGCUCGAGAUGCAGUGCAGCUGAUGGGAGCAGUUCGUGCACUUGCUCGGACGAUGAGACUUGCAUUUCCAAACGACCCUUAAGAGCAAGCUUACUUUCAAAAUCUCCUGUGGCCGUUAGCCCAUUAGCUUCUUCAGUCGGUUUUGUGAAAAAAGAAGCAAAUGCCAACAAAACACCCGAAAACAGCCCUUUUCCCCAAGGAGUUGGCCACCCCAGCUUGUCAAAAGAAGCAAAUUCCAUUAAUUAUGCACUUGGCGAAGUUGAUGCCAAAGAAAUUGUACAUUCAUCAUCACCACCUUUAGCCGACCAUUUUGUUAAGGCGGGUAUGGCAGCAGUUGGGCUUUUGUCCGACUUGGUAAAUUAUAGGAUCCCAAUGACUGAAGGGAGCUCGAUGCUGGCAUCAUCACCUAAUUCGGUGGUUGAACGUGUGAAGCCGGUUUCUACUGUCAGGUCUGUAAAUACGAAAAUCUCUAAAAAAGACAAUAAAACAUAUGUAAAACCCUCCUCCCAACAAAUUAGAGAUAGUAAUCGAUCUUUUCCGGUGAAAGAGGGGCUGAACGAGCAGACUAAUGUAUCGGGAAAUUUUGUAGAGAAUAAUGGCGAGGCUCGCGACAGAAUAAAGUCCGUUCCUCAAAAGUCGAGAGGUUAUUCAGACCGAUACAUGCCAAACACGCCACAAUCAGAUGGGAAGUUCACUAGUAACAGGUCAGAAAGUUUUAUCAAUAUCAGAGGAAAACAACCAGUUGUUGAGAAUGUUCACCGCAUUUUACAUCAGUACAAAUGGGGGCCUAUGACAGAACAGGCUCUGGGAAGGCUCGACUGCUCGCUCGAUGCUUACCAAGCGAACCAAGUGCUCAAGCAGCUUCAGGAUUACAACGUGGCUCUCGGUUUUUUCCAUUGGUUGAAAAGAAAACCGGGCUUCAAGCACGACGGGCACACGUACACGACCAUGAUCGGCAUUCUCGGCCGCGCUCGACAAUUCACGGCCAUCAACAAAUUGCUCAAUCAAAUGGUCAGUGAUGGCUGCCAGCCGAGUACUGUCACCUACAACCGCUUAAUUCACAGCUAUGGCCGAGCCAAUUAUUUAAAAGAGGCCAUGACUGUUUUCAAUCAGAUGCAACGGGUCAGGUGUGAGCCUGACCGAGUAACCUACUGCACUCUCAUCGACAUUCAUGCGAAAUCGGGCUAUCUUGACGUUGCUAUCGAUUUAUAUCAAAGAAUGCAAGAAGCCGGGCUUUCACCCGACACUUUCACUUACAGCGUGAUCAUAAACUGUCUCGGUAAAGCAGGCCACCUGGCGGUGGCCCACAAGCUGUUCUACGAGAUGGUUGACCGAGGUUGCGUGCCGAACCUCGUGACGUAUAAUAUAAUGAUUGCUCUUCACGCAAAGGCCCGGAAUUACCAGAGCUCCCUACAGUUAUACCGUGAGAUGCAGAGCGCGGGAUUCGAGCCGGAUAAGGUUACAUACAGUAUAGUUAUGGAGGUUCUCGGCCACUGUGGCUACCUAGACGAGGCUGAGUUCGUUUUUGCCGAGAUGAAGAGGAAGAAGUGGGUUCCGGACGAGCCCGUUUAUGGGCUUCUCGUCGAUCUGUGGGGAAAAGCUGGCAAUGUGGAGAAGGCCUGGGAGUGGUACAGGGCCAUGCUCAACGCGGGCCUACGGCCCAACGUGCCCACGUGCAACUCUUUACUAAGUGCCUUCCUUAGAGUCCACCGUUUUCAUGAUGCAUACAAUUUGCUCCAGAGCAUGAUUGGGCUGGGCCUGAGCCCAACUCUCCAAACCUAUACCCUCCUCCUCAGCUGCUGCACGGAAGCCCAGACUUCGUUUGACAUGGGCUUCUGCUGCCAGCUCAUGACUGUCACGGGCCACCCGGCCCACAUGUUCCUUCUCUCCAUGCCGGCCCACGGGCCCAAUGGGCAGAAGGUACGGGCCCAUGUCAGCACCUUUCUCGACAUGAUGCACAGUGAGGACAGGGAGAGCAAGCGUGGCCUUGUGGAUGCUGUGAUCGACUUUUUCCACAAGACGGGCCUCAAAGAAGAAGCGGGCUUGGUUUGGGAGGUUGCUGCACGGAGAAAUGUUUAUCCGGAUGCCGUUAGGCAGAAGGGCAAUUGCUAUUGGCUCAUAAAUCUGCACGUGAUGUCGGAUGGGACAGCUGUCACGGCACUUUCGAGAACUCUCGCAUUUUUCCAUAGGGAGCUGCUGGUUUCGGGUAUAGGCCCGGCCCGAAUCGACAUUGUGACGGGCUGGGGCAGGAGGAGUCGGGUCACUGGCUCGUCUCUUGUGAAGGAGGCGGUUCGGGAGCUGCUCGACAUGUUCAAGUUCCCGUUUUUCACGGAGAAUGGUAACUCGGGUUGUUUUGUCGGGUGUGGGGAGCCGCUCAACAGGUGGCUUUUGCAGCCGUGUGUCGAGCGGAUGCAUUUGCUGUAG